AUGGACCAUCUACGGCCUUCUUCUCGAGACCACCAGAUGCGAGAGCUUCCUUCGUUGAAGAGAACACACUCAGAGGAUGGGAGGCAGUCUCUGCCGGUUCUCGAACCAAUAUCACGGCCUUCGUCAACCUCGACACAGAAUUCUAGCAUCCAUCAUAGUGCUUCAUUACCACAGCUUCCCGGACUCUCAGCACUUGCUUCGAUCGCGUCUUCAUCUGGACAACCACAACUCAGGGGGUUCAAUGUUGGACCAGGUGGCAUGGGGUUCUCGACCUCGUCACCAUCAGCAACAUCUGUAGGAGGGGGUCUUGGUAACUCUCCUCCAACAUGUCAGAAUUGUACUACAUCAACCACUCCAUUAUGGAGACGCGAUGAAAUCGGCUCCGUCCUCUGCAAUGCGUGCGGCUUGUUCCUUAAACUUCAUGGACGGCCUCGGCCGAUAAGCCUGAAGACAGAUGUUAUCAAAAGUCGGAAUCGCGUCAAGAGCUCCGGAUCUGGGGGACCACAAGGCGCGAAGAAGAAGAGCGUCUUCGACAUCAAUGGCCUAGAACAGUCGCGAUCGCAAGCUGGCACUCCUCCUCCCGGUACCCUCGGUCACCGUCGCACAUCCCAAAAGUCUGCCAAUGGACAUUCAGAUGGCUCGAAUUCUCCUAUAUCUCGGACGGCUACUCCGUCAAUGUUUCAAAAUCAUCUACCGCCAUUCAACGGUCAUGGUCUCGAAGAACACUACAAUCAUUCUCCAUCCCUCCCACCGAUGCACCUUAGACAACCUUCGCCUGGCAGAUCAACAUCUCCGCUAAAUGGUUCGGGGCUUGAGGUACCACAGACGUAUGAGCAGCUGAUUGCAAACAACUCGGCAUUAAAGACGAGAGUAAGCGAAUUAGAGGUUAUCAACGAACUAUUCCGAGGAAGAGUCACACAACUGGAACAAGACGAAGCAAACGCCAGACGCGGAGAGGAUAUGCGUAGAGAAGCAGAAUUGAGUCUAUCGCAUCAAUUAGAAAACUCUCAACUUCGUCUCGAAGAGUCACAACGUCGCGAGAACCAACUCAAGCGUCGACUAGAUGAUGUAGAACGUGAACUUAGCGAACUCAAGGACGGCGCUCCACGAGCCAAAAAGAUGCGCGUCUCGGAAAUGGUUGAAAUGGAUUCUUCAACUCCGCCGUCUACCUCGUAG